AUGGCGCUUCGUCCGUCCACUGCUCCACAGCGUGUCCCACUGCCGUCUCCUCCUGCUUCCUCUCUUCCUGCUCUUGCUUACCCUGGGUCAGACUCUCUUCGUGCUACCAGUCCUACUGUCACGCGUCUCCUGGCUACUGGUGUCACUGACCCUUCCUUUGAGUCUGCUGCUGCGUCUGCCUUAGUUGCUGAGCUUGUCGACUUUGUUGCUCGCUGUCGUCUAGACUACGCUGCUAGCCUAGUUGCUGAGUCUGAGUCUGUCUGUCCUCCGUCCGUCGGGGGUGAGUGUGCUCUUGACACUGACGUCCUUGAGGACAGGCAGGAGGAGUUUGAGUGCUUUGCUGCCGCUUUGCCCCAUCUCGUGUCCAUGCUUGUUGCCCCUGAGGGAGACCCGGAUGCACCAGACAUCCCGACCCCACGCUCUUACGCAGAGGUGAUGGCCGGUCCCUACUCCUCUCAGUGGCAGUCAGCCAUGGAUACAGAGAUGGCUUCCUGGAAGUCCACAGGCACCUACGUCGACGAGGUUCCCCCACCUGGGGCGAACAUCGUCAGUGGCAUGUGGAUUUUUAGGGUGAAGCGGCCGCCGGGCUCUCCGCCUGUCUUCAAGGCGCGUUACGUUGCACGAGGCUUCAGUCAACGAGAGGGAGUUGACUUCUUCCAGACCUUCUCCCCGACCCCGAAGAUGACCACUCUUCGGGUUCUGCUGCACGUCGCCGCUCAGCGUGACUACGAGCUCCACUCGCUUGACUUCAGCACUGCUUUCCUACAGGGCAGCCGGCACGAGGAGAUCUGGCUGCGCCUCUACGGUCUCCGCCAGGCGCCUCGUGAGUGGCACGACACACUGAGGACUACGCUUGCGGCUCUUGGGUUCGCGCCUUCUACUGCUGACCCGUUGCUGUUUCUACGCACCGACACCUCACUGCCGCCGUUCUACGUCCUUGUGUACGUCGACGACUUGGUCUUUGCUACUGCUGACACUGUGGCACUCGCCCACGUGAAGUCGGAGCUGCAGAAGAGACACACGUGCACAGACCUGGGUGAACUGACAAGCUAUCUUGGCUUGCGGAUCACCCGGGACAGAGCACGCCCCACCAUCACCUUGACUCAGUCACACAUGGUGCAGCAGGUCCUUCAGCGCUUCCGCUUCACGUACUCCUCGCCUCAGCCCACUCCUCUGGCUACCGGUCACUCGCUCUCAGCUCUGCCUUCGGAUGAGUCCGUAGAGCCGAGUGGCCCGUAUCCAGAGCUUGUGGGUUGCCUCAUGUACCUGAUGACCUGCACUCGACCAGACCUUGCAUACCCUCUCAGCAUUCUUGCACGCUAUGUCGCUCCCGGCCGUCACCGGAAGGAGCACAUGGAUGCAGCUAAGAGGGUGUUGCGCUACUUGUGCAGUUUGUCGGGCAUGGGGCUAGUGCUUGGAGGGCGAGUCCCAGUUGUUCUCACUGGGCACUCAGACGCUUCUUGGGCAGACGACCAGGCUACUCAGCGGUCGUCUCAGGGUUACUCCUUCAGUCUUGGCUCUGGUUCAGUUUCUUGGCGUUCUACUCGCUCUUCUUCUGUUCUCAGCUCCAGUUGUGAGGCUGAGAUCUACGCCACAGCCAUGGCGGCCCAGGAGCUACGCUGGCUCACCUACUUGCUGACCGACCUUGGAGAGCAGCCUCGUUCUCCUCCAGUGCUCUACGUCGACAACAAGGCAGCCAUCGCCUUGUGUGAGGAGCACAGACUGGAGCACAGAACGAAGCACAUUGCUCUGCGUUACUUCCUUGCUCGAGAGCUGCAGCAGCAUGGUCAGCUUCGCCUGCGUUACGUGGCCUCUGAGGCCAACACUGCUGAUGUGUUCACCAAGGCGCUUCAGCCUUGUGACCAUCAGCGCUUUUGCACUCUUCUAGGCCUUGUGCCUACUGGACCUCACUUGCUUACUUCUUGA